UGUACUGAGACAGACAUCUAAAAAACGUGAUAUUUUCUAAGGACGUGGUAUCUAAUUUUUGUUUAGAUACGAAAAGAAUCCAUUUAUGAAAGGUAGUGUUGUAAACGUCAGAGGUCGUCCAGCACGAUGGGACAAACAACAUCUUCUUUAGCAUCUAAACUUGUGCGUCCAGUGUCAUGGAUGCUUGGAAGAAAUGCAUUGACAGAUGAAAAAAAUGCAUAUCAUGGAGCGACACCUUUUGUGUACACCAGACAAGGAUCAAUGUACUUUGAUGACGAUGGUGAUCUAGCCCAUGAGUUUUUUGAAGAGGUGGUGGUGAACAAGCGGUCUGUGAUGAGAAAAUGUCAUCAAAACCUUAUUCCACAGGGAGAAGUGGAGCUUUCCCAUCCACGACUUCAUGUGGACCUACCUGUUAUAAUGUGUGAGGCACUGCCCAGAUGACGAAGGAGCUGGUUGCAGUAGGACAACUCCGUGAAUAUCAGUGCUAUCAAACCCAAGAAGUCAUGUAGACGGCAUAAAGCCGCUAAUCCUAGUUUUUAGGCAGUGUAAAUAUGUUAAACUAUCACAGCAUUUUCAAUGUAACGGUUAACAUACACAUUUCUUACAAUGUUUUGGUUAAAUUAUCAACUUUUGUGAAUCCAGUGGGUUCCUGGUCGUCCAAUUUGUAGUUGUGUUGGGAAUUAAGUUUGAAUUUUAUUAUCGAUCAUCGGUUAUAAUCCUUUGGCACCAAUCGAUCAGCUUUUGACUAUACAAUUAUAUGAAUUAUUUGAACAUAAAUACUUUAAUUAUAAGGACCAAGCAUCUAUUGGUAUGUUCACCAGAGUAGACCCUACAAAUCGCUGGUUUUACCUUUAAUAACUAUUUAAUAUCUCUUUUUAUAUACAUAUAUGCAUAUGAAAACAAACACCAAUUCCAAUAUAUUUAAACCAGUUCCAACGUAUAAGCUAAAGGAAAAAUUAUGUUCACAUUUUCCCACACAGUCGAUUACAGAUUAUUAUAAUCCAUCAUUACAUAGGUAUAGCCAAACCGAUAAAUUUCCAAUUAUAAUUGAUCAUUGGUACAUCUCUUGUUUGUAGUAGCUGAAAAUUAAUUUUAUCCCAAACAAGAGAGGUGUGUACCUUAGAAACUAGGGUUAGUGGCUUAACGGAUCAGGAAGUUACGAAGAUGUAGACCAUUCUGAUUCAGAUUGAUGCAAAAAACAUGGACAUUCAUUGUUAAUCAAAUAGUGUGUGAUUUCAUCUGAUUGGAAUGCAGAUACUAAAUCAAACAGUAUAUUCUGUAGAAGACAAAGUCCAGAUGAUAUUAAUACACGGCUGUGACAUUACUAAAAAAUCAUUGCCAUCAAAAUGUGUGACUCUGAUAUACCGGUAUACACUUAAAUGUAGUAACAGUAUGUACGGUAUGCAUUAUGGAAAAACGUACUGGUAUACACUUAAAUGUAGUAGUAACAGUAUGUACAGUAUGCUUUAUGGAAAAACAUACCGGUAAUUAUUAGAAUAUGCUAGUUUUAAUUACACUUGGAUAUUAUCUUUCAUUUGAUACAUACCAUCUUCAGACGGAUCAGUCUUUUCACUGUACAGGCUCAUAGAAAUAACAUUUUCAGGGGCGUAGUGUGAUCUGGACCUGGGGGGUUCGAACGAACCAAGCGGACUCUUUUUCUAUUUUGUUUUUGCACCACCAGAAACUCAAUAUGUAUAAACCUGUAUGUUUUAGUCCUGAAAGCGGACCAUUUGCUUCAGCAGGUGGGGGGUUCGUCUGGGUGUACAUGUUUUGUGGUCUAAAAGUAGAGCAGCUUUUCCCCCCCCCCCCCAUCCCAUGGUUCCUCAUUCAUCAGUUUUAUACAGAUUCACGAGAACCAUGCAUUGUAACCAUUGGAACACCUUGGCUGGUUGACAUGAUGUACAUGACACUGCAGUUCAAGUCAUCUGAGAUACAGUAAACAAGAAAUGUACAUUAUACAGUUGUUAAAGCUGUAGUGAUAGUUAGCCAUGACAUAACCAACACCAGCGCUUGAUUGAAGCACGAUCGAUUUAGGAUUGAUUCCCAUCGGUGGACCUAUUGGGCUAUUUCUCAUUCUAGCCAGUGCUCCACAACUGGUGUAACAAAGGCCAUGGUAUGGACUAUCCUGUCUGUGGGGUGGUGCAUAUAAAAGAUCC